AUGUUUAACGACAACCCCUUUCGUCGUGAAGGCAAAGAGAACAGAAAUCAUCGAGAUGAUCGAGAUGAUAAAAAAAAGACAUCGCGGGGAGGUUCAAGAGCUUCGUCUCGAGACAACUGCAAAAGUCCUCAAUCUGACAUAACGUCCAGAUAUCAAAACCGGCUGGGGUAUCUUAAACCUAUCCUCAGCCGUUUUACAGACAUGCCCGGAUUGGCGGAAGAUGUUAGUAUUAUCAUACCAAAAUUACUAGAUCAUUUGAGAAGGUUACGCGAGAGCAAUGCAUCGCUGAAUGGGGGCGCCAAGAUAGGUGGAUAUAUAGAAAAACUCGAGAAGCAUCUCAAAAAAUAUCCCUACAGGAAGAUUGUGGAACACGUCAAGAAUACAGAAAAAGAUCUCAAGGAAGAAAGACUGGUGCUGGAAGAAGGGGGUAUAACGGCUUAUGAAAAAGCAUUUAAAGAAGCGAAUGGGUGUUCACCUGAGAUGUGGGAAACCACGAGAACAAUGAAGAAAAUCGAGAAUGAUUUAAAACUCACCGUCGACCAAUAUGGUAAAAUUUUGCAAACGCAUGAUUGUCAGAAGAAUUCGAAUAAGACUGAAGUAGUGAAUGAACUUAUUUCAAAGUCUAUGGAACUCAAAGCAACACAUGAGAGAGCACGAUCUAUUCUUGCGAAAGAUAAUCCUCAAAAGCAGAGCAGCGAGCUGAGGAGUUAUACGCCGGUUCCUCAACCAAAUAAUACCGGUAACUCUACGAGGCGUGCUCGUAAACCAUUACCAGGGAGUAGUUAA